GGUCGGUCGGUCACCGUGCUUCGUUAUGUCCGUCGUCUCGUCCACUAGAAUGCCACGUGUGUCUUGUAACCUUACUUCCGUCACCCACUUGUCACUUUACCAUUACCCCCUCCCAUAUAUAUAAAUAUUCUGAUACGUAUAGAGAGAGAGAGAGAGAGCGAGAGCGAGACGAAGAAGACGCGGCGUAUCAAACCAACCCAGCCAACAAGAAACGGUGCCAUUCUCCCAUCGCCGGAGUUUCUCCUCUAUAUCCUGAAUUUCUUCUAUUUGUAAAUCCAUGGUGUAGGUAUUUUGAUCCUCAACAUUUCGCUACAUAUAAAAUAUAUGUGUAUCGUUUUGGGCGAUUAUGGACAACCGAGGAAUGAAGCUAAAGGACUCGUCAAAUUCUGCCUCGCAAACAUUAGCGUCCUCCGACUCGCGUCGCCUCGUUCGCGAGACGCUUCGAAUCAGCGCUAACCUGGCAUCCGCGCCUCCAUGCACGACAGAGGCGAAGGAGCGACCGGCGUUACAGGACUCGAGCUUCGGCGGAGCAGUUGCCGAUCAAUUUUUGGACUCGAGCUUGAGAUUGAUCUGCUGCGAGGAGAUUGAUGGCAGGAGGUGGAAUUACUUUGCCCAUGACGAUGGCGAUGGGAAUCGUGGCUUCAAGCAAUUGAAGAAGAGCAGCUCUAAGCAAUUGAAGAGGAAUUCAAUUCGCGCAGUCAGCUUACAAGCUCCCCGUGCCCCUUCUGAAGAGUUGAUUUCAUUUAUAAGGUCCUAUGUUGUACCAGAUGGUUUUCCCAAUAGCGUCACACCAUCUUAUGUUCCAUAUAUGACGUGGAGAGCUUUGCAGCACUUCUUUGGUGGGGCAAUGGGUGUUUUUACAACACAAACACUUUUAAAUUCUAUAGGAGUGUCAAGAAGCAGAUCUACUAUGAAUGCAGUGGCUGUUAAUUGGGUUCUUAAGGAAGGUGCUGGACGGGUUGGUAGAAUGCUUUUUGCACGGCAAGGAAAGAAAUUUGAUUAUGACCUAAAGCAGGUACAUGCUAAUUGUAAACUUGGUGAUCAAAGGAGAUUUACUGGGGAUCUCCUGCUGGAGUUGGGAGCUGGUUUAGAGUUGGCAACUGCUGCAUUUCCUAAUCUAUUCCUUCCAUUGGCUUGUGUUGCCAAUGUGGUUAAGAACGUUGCUAUUGUGGCAUCAACCUCAACCCGAGCUCCAAUCUACAAAGCCUUUGCUAAAGGAGAAAACAUUGGAGACAUUACUGCAAAAGGAGAAUGUGUCGGAACUAUUGCUGAUUUGCUUGGGACUGGACUGGGUAUAAUGGUUGCUAAAAGAAACCCUCCCUUGGUUCCUACAUUCGCUUUACUCUCAUGUGGAUAUAUGUUGGGCUCCUAUCAAGAGGUGAAAUCUAUUAUUUUGCAUACACUAAAUCCUGCAAGAUUUACAGUGGCUGUUGAAUCCUUCCUUAAAACAGGGCGCGUUCCAACUUUGCAAGAGGGAAAUUUUAUGGAAAAUAUCGUCAAUCUCCCUUGGAUAAAGCCCCGACCUAUUGUUCUUGGCCCAAGAUUUAAAGAAGCAUUCCAAAACCCCAAUUCAUAUCUUUAUGCUGAGUCUAUUUUUGAGAAAGAAAAAUAUAUUGUUACGUAUAAUCCAGCCAAGGGUAACAUAUAUGCAUUGUUCAAGGAUCAAGCGAAGUCUGAUGAUAUUCUGAAAGCUGCAUUUCAUGCACAUGUGCUCCUUCAUAUCAUUCAACCAUUGAAUCAGAACACUUCUUCUUUUAGAAGACUAGAUCAUAAUAUACCAGCUUCACAACCAACAUCAUCUGAUAUUGAAUCUCAUAUUACGGAGUCCUACAAGUUGGUAUCAGCUUUAUACGAGCCUUUUAAAAGCAAAGCCAAAGAACAGGGGUGGGCUAUGUCGGAUGCAUUGCUUAAUCCUGGAAGAGCUCGGCUGUGUGGACUGGCCAAGUGAGGUUCGUUCGUUCAUACAUAAACCUGGGUUUCUAACGUUCUACUAAUUUUGUGAACACCUCCCAAAGUGCAAGCUGUUUUGCAACUUUUCAUUUGAUUAAAGACAAAGGGACCUGAAGCACGUAGUGCAGAACCACGGGAUCGGAACUUACAAUGAAUACAAUCAUUUUUAUCUAUACAAAUCGAUUCACCGUGCGAAGGGCCUCUUGGGUAUUUCAAAGGCCAGGUGCUUUCCUCACUUGUCUCUGCUCGUGCUUGUUCUUUUUAGCGUAUAUCCUUGAGGAUUUCACAUGUUUUAGCCCCUAAUCUUAACUUCUUUAACUUUGAUUGAAAUUGUUACCAAUUUUCGACUGCAUAUUUUUGCUUUAUUAGACUACUAACAGAGAAGGCUUUGGAUUCGAAGUUCCUAUGCGUGUAUUGUGCCGUGAGUGUAUUAUGCUGUUUCUGUGGAAUUGUAUGCUGUCAUUUCUAAAAGCAGAGUUUCUUUCACUAGUUUACUGUGACAUAAAACACAUAGAUAUGAAUGAUUUUGUUUAGAACUUGGAAGAAAUCAUCACUUACUUGAGUUUA